UGAAAUUAGAAUUUUUGACACUUCAACGUUGUGAGGUUUACAUUACCGACGAUAAUAUCGAAGAAAAAUGACGAUCAUUUUGUAAACAGACGUGGUUGAACUUAGCCCGGCAGAACUUUUUGCCCUCAGGUUUGACAGUUUGGACAAGAAAACAACGAAAUACGCAAAAGUUAGAACCAAAAUUAUUUCGAUUGUGCAGCGAAAUAAUUUGCAAAAAUAUUAUCAAAAAGCGGUGCAAAUUGAUUCGGUUCGCGUUUUGCUGCAUUGUUACGUUAUAAACGUUCGGAAUAUCUACUGCAGAAAGUGAAAAACAUUGAGGUUUUCGCGUCCCCCAAUUCCCUCGGAUCGCGGAAGGAAAAAAAGUUCCGCAAGGAAAACGAAGAACCUCUUCCACGUUCCUGUCUGGCAGAGCAAAACACGGCAAGAAGGGCAAUCAAUCGGAACGAGCCGUAGCAUGGGUUAAAGAAGAUUCUCGCGUAUUAAAUCCGCCACGACACAAUUACAUCAUAAAAGAAUAGCACAAAUCCGGAACACCGUAAUCCUCGCCCCCUCCUCAAAUGUUCCUGGGCCAAGCAUGUUCGCAAUAAUGGACAGCAACGAGAACGAAAAUUAUUGCUACCAACAGCAGCAGCCGGCGGGACCGCAGAAGCAGGCUGCCGGCGCCGGUGCCAUUCCGAAGGUGGUGACCGACAAGAGCAGCCAGAACCAGUUCAACAACAACAACAAUGUGGCCGAGCAGGAGAAUCUGAUGCCGCAGGUGAACGGGGCUCGGCGGCCGGACUGCGACAGCGAACGGCGGAUUGUGGCCGGGGCUGGAAGUGCGGCAUAUCUUCGCGAGUACAGUAAAAGAGUGAACCAAACUUCCAACUCCUCCGGCAAGAACACCAAGCUUUGAGAUUUUGAGAUUUCCUAGCCAUCGUCGCUACAGGUUCGGACCAGAAAGCCCUCCAGCAAGGAAGCGCCAGCAGAAACAGUAACCUGAUUCGUGAUCUUCCGCCGAUUCGCUGCCCCGAUCCCCGCGACCAAGAAAGGAUUCGCUGCUCCGGUUCCCGCGGCCAAGGAAGGAUUCGCUGCCUCGGUUCCCACGACCAAGGAAGGCCAGCGUUUGCGAUCGCUCGUGCACUACCCAACUUCUUCGAACGUCUCGGCUAGAUUCGGACCAAAAAGUCCUCCGACAAUGAAGCGCCAGCCGAAACAACAACCUGAUUCGGGAUCUUCCGGUGAUUCGCUGCCCCGGUUUCCGCGACCAAGAAAGGAUUCGCUGCUCCGGUUCCCGCGGCCAAGGAAGGAUUUGCUGCCUCAAGAUUGAAUAAAAAAGGUUCAUUGUUUUUGUUUA